ACUGACACGGCGGGAAUCUAUAAAAGCGCCUUGUGACGGCUGCUGGGGCUUUUUGUUCCCGGUAUCAGUGUGAGGUGACAUGGCAUCUGCAAUGGCCAAUGGCGGGGGAGCCAGCUCGAGGAUGCCGUGCAGAGCAUUCAUCAGAGGUAACUGCAGAUGGGGUCCAAAUUGCAGGUUCUCCCAUGAAAAGAGAUCGGCUCCACUCUGCCGCCAUUAUCAGAAUGGAUUUUGUUUUUAUGGAGACAAGUGCAGUUAUUUACACCUGCCACCUUCAUGUUGGGUUCCUGAUGCUCCUCCACACUACCAUGCAGGCCGUAGAGUCUCUGAACCUUGUGUUGUGCCUCACAUCCGUGACCCUCGGGCUAUUCGUCGAGGCUCUGAGCCAUCUGUUAAUCCUUUACGAGCAACUGGAUCUGAAAUUCAGAGACCCCGGGAAAACUGGGCACUUGCUGCAGAAUUUAUUCCUAAGGAUACAGGACUCUUAAGAUCUUUAUCUAGCCCUACACUAAUGGGAAACUCGAAUGCUGAGAGAGCAGGAAUCCAAGAUGGCACAAAUAAUCGGCAGUCUGUGAAAGCUCUUUAUUCAAAAAAGGAGGAUUCUGACACUCUAUAUGAACGUAGCAGGGAUGUGGCUUGUGGCAUCUGCAUGGAUAAGGUGUAUGAUAAGCAGUUAGCUGAGGAAAGGAUUUUUGGCAUUUUACCUAACUGCAACCAUGCAUAUUGUGUUGGCUGUAUUAAGCGUUGGAGGAAGACUCGGGACUUCCAGAAUGCUGUUGUAAAGGGUUGUCCUCAGUGUCGCAUAAAAUCCAGUUACUUUAUUCCACACAAAUAUUGGAUUGGAGACGCUGCUGAGAAGCUAGAGCUAAUUGAAAAUUUUAAAGCAAAGACUGGUAAGAUCCGCUGCCGCUUCUUCUUACGAGGUAACGGGCAUUGUCCUUUUAAAUCUGAAUGCAUAUAUCUUCAUGACUUGCCAAAUGGCCACCGAAGGAGGAGGAGAAGAGAUCAGCGAAGAUCUAGUGCCUCAACUUUGUCCUAUUCUCAGCUGGUGGGAAUUUAUGAAGAAGACUUCAGUGACGAUGAAGAAAUUGAUCUCAUGCACUGUGCUCUCACUCUUGCCCUUAUUGAAGAUCACUUUGAGAUGGGUUUACGUUUUCCUGAGGAUGUCGAAAUACUAUUGGGCGAGUGUAGUGACUCUGAAUGAAAAUCCUGAGUAAAACGGAUUUUGCUUUAAAAUAAACAGCUGUGUUAUAAGUUUCUAGUUCUUGCGGUUUAACAUGCAGCCCUUAAAAGCCAAGGGAUGAUGUUGCCCCUGUUCCCUGGGUUUGUCCAUAGCAGUGCUCUUACAGCAGGCAUCUGUGAAGACCCAUUGGUUGUGAGGGAAACUUCUAAUCCUGAGAUUUUUGAACGUUGUUUGGACAUGUUAAAAAAAAAAAAAAAGUUUUUUUAAAUUGUUUAAAAGUGCAUGUAGAAUAAAGAUUUGUUUUUUGCUAA